AUGAGCUUAUCAUAUUUAUUUAAAGUGUCUAAACAGUCAAUUUCAGAAAUUGUUCCCGAAGUUUGUACUGCUAUCAUUGAUGUACUGAAAGAAUUUAUUAAAAGACCGAAUACUGUCGAAGAAUGGCUCGAUAUUGCCAAUGGUUUCGAAAUGAGAUGGAAUGUACCAAAUUGUAUCGGCUCAUGGGAUGGCAAGCACAUAGCAUUGCAAUCACCGAUGAAUAGUGGAACAGAAUAUUAUAAUUAUAAAGGUUUUUUUAGUAUUGUUUUGAUGGCAGCAUCCGAUUCUAAUUAUAAUCUAAUAUGGGCUAAUGUUGGUAGUCAGGGACGUAUUUCUGAUGGUGGUGUUUUUGACAAUAUGAAAUUCAAAAACUUAAUGAUAUCUGGUCAACUUAAACUUCCUGAUUCUCGACCUUUAAGAGGAAGGUGUACUCCGAUUCCGUAUGUAUUCAUUGCAGAUGAUGCGUUUCCCAUAUCACACAAUAUUAUGAAACCCUACUCAGGCCACCACGAAAAAGGUUCAAAAGAAAGAAUAUGUAACUACAGAUUUAGCCGGGGUAGAAGAGUCGUGGAAAAUUUAUUUGGUAUAUUGGCUUCAGUUUUUAGAGUAUUUCGUAAACCGAUGUUAGUUGAACCAAACAAAGCAGAAAUAAUUACUUUAGCGUGCUUACAUCUACAUAACUAUUUAAGAAAAAGUUCUUCUUCAAAACAGUCGUACUGGCAAACUGGUACAGUUGAUCUUGAAAAUAUUGAUACAGGAGAAAUAACACCAGAACAUGGAGAAGCGAUCAAGUAG